GAGGAAGGGAGAGAGAGAGGGAGAGAUGGAGGGAGGAAGGGAGAGGGAGAGAGAAAGGUGGGGCUGGAUCCUCCCUGAACGUUCUCUAACACCUCCCUCCAUCCCUCUCUCCUUCUCAGAUAGACCGUUCUGUCUAUCUGCAGUUUGUAUGGAUCAGUGGGAACCACCACCACACACACACACACAGAGAUAAGUCUCCUCAGCUUCAACCUCUGAUGAACAGUGUGUGUUUGUAUCAUUGAUAUGUAGUCGUCAACAGGCAGUGCAGAGGAGACAAUCGGAAGUGCUCUAAGAGAUGGGUCAGAGGUUUGGUGUUUUACAGCUGUGGUUGUAACCCCUGGUCAGGCUUCUGUUUACCCUUCAGACAUAUAUACUGAUACCUGCAUUUAAUGCUUUACGAUGACUGUUCUCUCUGACGGCCUGUCAGAAUCAACCCCUGUUCUGGUUUUGUGUUGGACCCGGUGUGUCUCUCUCUCUCUCUGCUGGAGUCUGAGUGAGGGGGAUGUUGAGUGGAGAGAGACUGUAUUUAAACGACUGAAUGAACGAACCCAGACGCCCACCCGAAAAGAAGGGAAGUAGAGAAGGGUGCAGAAAACAACAUCACCACAGAGGACAACAUGUCCAGAGGACAACAUGUCCAGAGGAGCUGCACCACAGGGGACAACAUGUCCAGAGGAGCUGCACCACAGGGGACAACAUGUCCAGGGGACAACAUGUCCAGAGGACAACAUGUCCAGAGGAGCUGCACCACAGGGGACAACAUGUCCAGAGGAGCUGCACCACAGGGGACAACAUGUCCAGGGGACAACAUGUCCAGAGGACAACAUGUCCAGAGGAGCUGCACCACAGAGGACAACAUGUCCAGGAGACAACAUGUCCAGAGGACAACAUGUCCAGAGGACAACAUGUCCAGAGGAGCUGCACCACAGGGGACAACAUGUCCAGAGGACAACAUGUCCAGGGGACAACAUGUCCAGAGGACAACAUGUCCAGGGGACAACAUGUCCAGAGGACAACAUGUCCAGAGGACAACAUGUCCAGAGGAGCUGCACCACAGGGGACAACAUGUCCAUAGGAGCUGCACCACAGGGGACAACAUGUCCAUAGGAGCUGCACCACAGGGGACAACAUGUCCAGGGGAGCUGCACCACAGGGGACAACAUGUCCAGAGGAGAUGCACCACAGGGGACAACAUGUCCAGAGGAGAUGCACCACAGGGGACAACAUGUCCAUAGGAGAUGCUUUCUGCCACCUCUUUGUGUAUUCCUACUUUAAGACUGUAGCUUUUAUUAUUGAAACCAGGAAGUCUACGUUGUUUCAAUCACAAUGUUUUGUUGGAGUGAUUUUGAUUCCGCGUCCUACCAUUCCGCGUCCUACCCACUAAGCAAUUAAUGGUAUACCACAUCCCUACCGAGCCUCUGAAGUUACUGAGGAGGAAGAGGUAGAUGUGGGAAAGGGUCUGACUUGUCUCACUUGUGACCUUUCAGUUUGACCCUUGAACUUUGACAUAUGAUGUUGUGUAGAUUUGGAAAGCACUUCAGGCUGAUAAAUUAGGUCCUAACAUUUCACACAGCGAUUGGCUUGCACAUUUCAAAUCUGCCACAAUGAUAAGUUUAUUUUACGGUGAUAUGCCCUAUCGUAUAGAAGAUUCAACAACCUGUGAGGAUACACCUUAGCAAUAUCCAUAACCAGCCCCUUCAAGCCUUCCUAAACCCAACCUAGGGAGACAUCAUAGCACUUUAUUCCUUUUGAUUGGUUUUAUUCUCUUGUUUGUAUUUCUGUUGUUUUUCAGUGUUGCCGUCUCAUUCUGGCUGCACCUUCCUAACCUCUGACCCCUAACCUCUGACACCUAACCUCUGACCCCUAACCUCUUGACACCUAACAUCUGACCCAUAUCCUCUGACGCCUAAACUCUGACCCCUAACCUCUGACACUUAACCUCUGACCCCUAUCCUCUGAUUCCUAUCCUCUGACCCCUAACCUUUGACCCAGCAUCCUGUUCUACAGAAGCCAGGGAACCAUUUGGUCUUGGAGGGUGAGGUGCUCCUUUAGAAUGGUGUUAUAAAUGUUAAAAUAUAUAUAUACAUAUAUUUGAUUUGAAUUAUGAAACAUUUCUAAGGAAUAUUGAAUGAUUGUAGAGAGAAUGUGUAUUUGUUAGUUUUAGGUGGUGUAUGAGCUUUGAGAGUGAUUAUACUGCGAGAGGAGGAAGGAUACGAUCCUAUCUUUGCUUGGCUAGUUUGGUCUUCUCUAAACCACACCCUCUCCUUGAUCUCUCUUACAUCUUCAGAAUGUUUAUCAAACUGCUGUUGAAGUUUAUGGUUAACAUCAAUGUCCUCCAUCUUGUCAGAAAGCUGUUCUCACCCACAGAUCAAGCCAACACUUUUUAUUACAAUACGUGUGUUGUUAUGGUUAAUCUCUCUGGUCAAAUAUAACUCUGUAAUCUUCCUCUAUACAACAGUCCUGUGUCCCUGUACUUUUAGUUUAUUUUAGCUUUUUUUUUUAUAUAUCUAUUUGAUUUAGUUUUGAUUUGGAGAUGUUUCCGAGCUGCUAAAUCAGUGUAGUUGAACAACAGGCCUUCUCUCUUCUGAAUGUUGCCAUGGUGACAACAUUGAGAACAGGUGCAAAAUUAUUUCCGCAUAUUAUUAUUGGCUGUAAAAAUAAUAAAAAAUAAAAAAGUUUGUAUUUAUUGUGUACAAAUGUUAAAUAAUAAAACGGAUUGGAAAAAUA